AUGGCUACUCCCUCAGCUAAACCAGGCGCGACGCCAACCCACCUGACCUCUUCUCCCCACCCAACGUCAGCGCCUCUUCGAUCAAUAGCACACAAAUCACCGUCAACACGAACGCCAGCAGCAUCGGCCCCCGGUUACGCAGCACAAAACAGCAUAUCCUCUCAGGCUCAUCAGUACGCGACACCUCUAGCAGUGCCAGGCACCGGCGACGACCCUGUCAACUUCAGUUCACCUUCGGCGCUGCUCGCCCUGGGCAGCUUCACGGGUAUCAGCCCGGCAGCUAUGAUCCAAGAGAACAUCCCCGGCCACAACAUGACCGACGGCGAUAUGCAAACAAUGGGAAUACAGGGAAUGAAACUGGAAAGAGCGGUGCGCGACAGCAACGAGGAACAAAGGCGACGAAUUCAGGACGUGGUUCAAUGUCUGCAAGUACGAGUCGCUGGCCGAGGAGUGUCUCGCGAGGGCAUCGAGAGAUUGAGUCAACUAGAGGGAUUUGACUCGUUGUGGGGUGAUAACAAUCUCAAUAUUGCGGGUAAUUUCGUUGAUCUCGAGAUUGACUUUUAUCCUGGUCAAGAUGUGGUCAAGGAUGUCAGCUUGCGAUACGCGACCCCCGACUAUCAGGAAGGAGAAAGACGAGACAAGGCUUCCGAGGUCUUGAAAAGGAAUCUCGUGCAGUCACUUGAGGAUGUUGAGCAUGGUAGGUGGAGGUCACUGCAGGCGUUCCACGACAAUCUUCACUGGCUGAGGAAGCUCGACAAAUUCAGCCAACAAGUCAACUGUUUCGAAGCCCUGGAAGGUCUCGAGACGAAUUUCCAAAGAAUCUGGUCCGCAGAAGGAAAAACUGAGAAGUACGGUGGUGAAUAUGAGCAUCUUUGUGCAGGGAUCAUCGGACGCCCCAGUAUGCACAAGGGAACACGUAUCGGACUUGGGCUGGAAUACUGGGUUGAACAGGCCAAAGUGCUGGACGCCAAGACUGGUCUCCCUUCUGAGGCAAUGGCGGUCGAUCAGGCGCAAGGUGCGAAUGUACAUACGCCAGACGAGCAGCAAAAGAUCUGGACAGUGAUGGUCGAGUGUGAAGAAGGCUACCCAUCUUUGCGCAUUUCUAAAGAAUGGGUUGGAAGUGAUGUCUUUACAAAUGACAACCAAGAACCAUCAGAAGGCGACGUCCAUCCAAAAGUGGUGAAGUGGCUUGAUCCCCCACAGACCAUGCGCCUCUCUCACGGCGAUCAUCCAGACCCCAUGGCAUUAGACUCUAGCAUGCUAGAAUCCACGCCCCCAAACCGUCGCUUCGUUGCUAGACUCGAUCCGCCGCUCCACGUUCCGAUCCUUGCAGCGUCGGAGAUCUACCGCCAUAUGGGCAUGCAACUUCCCCCGGAGUUCAAGAUGUUCACAUACGACAGUCUGGUUGCUUCUGAAGGGGCACCAACAGACGCCGUACCACAACCUGGUCGAAGGCGAUGUCGAAAGCCUGUUGAGACUUUCGAUUCAAGUGGCUCGCCAUACACAAAUUACCACGAUUACACUUUUCAGGCGUUCGAGUCUGUCGCUGGUCGCACCAUUCGUGACCUUCCAUUUUCACAUCCCCGACAGAUUGCUGAAGUCGUUCCGGUGUUCCGCCAAUAUGCACUGAUGGAAAGUCUGAUUCGCGAAGUAACUAGCGGCUCCCUCCAGGAGAAGAAGGGGCCGCGAGAUUCCACGAAUGACGCCGCACUCGGUGACCCAACCACACCAAACUUGGACCUAUUCCUUCAAAACGAUACGAUUACCCUCUGCAAUGACGACCCCAAUGAGGAGAAGCUAAGUAAUCUUUUUGGCGACGAUUUCUCAAACGCCUUCUCUGGCUCUGCGGCAUCGAAUCUAACACCCCAUCACACAACUACAUACCUUGACGAUGUCCGAGUGGAGGUGACUUUGCGGACACCAAUCGGCCAAGCGCCAGCUUUGAUGCUUCUCGUGACCGACUCGAAGAAUUUCCCUCCCGGAGCCUUUGAAAACGAGCCCGUACAGGUAUCCCUCUCGUUUGAAGUCGGUCUCAAUGGACGGAUCACUGUCAUUGAUGCGGUCCACGUGGGUGGCUCGAGACACGAAGGCGAGGACACAGAGAUGCAAGGGGCUGAUCCUGCCCGACCAAGCUUGUAUGCUAUACGCGAGAAACUUGCUCAGGUUCUGGAAAUCUCGCAGAAUCUAGGGAUUCUGGUCGAGUGGGUCCUCCGUUGGCUACGGAAGCGAGCUGCAAGCGGUUGA